AGCCACUGCAAUAUACAUGAGUAAAUAGGUAUAAGUAGAAUACACAGACAGACUUGCACUUCUAGGGUGCUAAACCUGCACAUUACCUCUAGGCCGCGACAGAAAGUGCAACCCUAGAUCUCGCAUGAUUUCAUGUUUGCUGACUCGUCCAAUCACUGAGCUCGACUGAGCUACGUGUAUCUCCGGGUUCAAAGUGUAAGGGUUGGAUGAAGAUGGCAGCCGGCAAACGGUGAUGUUGGCAGGAAGCGAAAUGUCUCACAGUACUAGAUUAGUGUACAGCCAUCAUUACUAGACUUGAAAUGCAGCGCUCAAUACAUUUCUGAUAAUUAUUGUAUUUAGAGAUUUUGUCGAGGAGGGCUACAUAAUGGCGCUCGUUUACGAGUUCGUGUGGCGGGUUCUACAUGUCCUUCUCCACAUUCAUAGAACGCUUAUCACUUUGUUCCGAAUCCGCCUUCGGAAUUGGAAUGGGCGGCUAUGGUCACGAGCCUUAACAGCGGUUCUUGUGCCGAUAGCUCUCUCGUUUCCCAAACAGAAAAAUCUCGUUCCAGCACCCGGUAAACGCGUUGGUCGUCGGUAUCGCUGGGGGGCGGAUGGGAAAUCUCUGGAGAAGCUGCCUGACCAUAUCGGCUUGUUGAUAGUGGAAGAGGAGCCGAGAAUCACAGACAUUGCCAACCUUGUCGUGUGGUGCAUGGCAGUCGGCAUAUCUUAUGUCAGUGUGUACGAUAACCACGGUGUGUUCAGGAGGAACAACUCCAGGCUGAUGGAUGAGAUCCUGAAGCAGCAGCAGGAGCUCCUGGGUCUAGAAGGCUCCAAGCAGCACUCUGUAGAGUUCCUCAACAAUGGCACUGACAAACAGGACCAUCAAGUGCUGUCGUGUCAGUCGGUGGUGAAUGUGCUGUCUCCCGACGAUGGGAAGCUGAGGAUCGUCCAGGCAGCACAGCAGCUGUGUAGAGCUGUGGAACAGAUGGAGAAGACAUCCAAAGACAUCAACGUCACUGUGCUUGACUCUCUACUCAGAGAGUCGAAGAGUACACCAGAUCCAGACCUGGUUCUGAAGUUCGGCCCAGUAGAAAGCACCCUGGGGUUCCUGCCUUGGCACAUCAGACUGACAGAGUUCAUCUCCUUACCCUCCCAUGUGGAUGUCUCCUAUGAGGACUUAUUCAGUGCCCUUCAGCACUACGCCUCCUGUGAGCAGCGGCUGGGGAAGUGAGUGAUUGGCCACGCCCCCUCCAGAGGAAGGGGAACGACGGGUGGGGUAGGGGCCGCCCUAGCCCCUCCUCCGUCCGGGUCGCUAUGUUUAAAGUGCAGGCACUAGAGAACAAGCAGCCAGCCAGACAGCGUACCGACGCAUCAAAUCGAAUUGCAUCUCCACUCACUCACUGUUUCUCUGCUCAUCCGCAACGCUCGCCAGGCCGCCUCUGAGGCAUGCUGGGUAGUACGGGCCCUGCCAAGGUAGCGGCACGCACUGAACAUCUGCCAGCUUGGAGGAGAUCCGACAAUACCCUGCGUCAGCCGGAUUAACGAGGAACCAACAUCACCUGAAGGACAUGGUUAGCAGUAUGGUGUAAAUCUAGUGUUCUUCUCUCUUUCUCUCUCUGUUUGCUGUAGAUCCUACACCUGCUGAAGGAUGUCUGAAUACAUGGUUGUACUUUGUCUUUAUUCAAAGUUACUAUUGGUGGACUGUGUGUGUCUGCUUGUGUACCUGUGUGAAAAUCAGCCAGCAAGUAUACAAUUUCCCCCAUGACCAUCACUACUCUUUCAUUUGGUGUUGACUCUAUUGCUCCGUCCAUAACGUGAAGAUGAUUGCAUAUUGAAAGAGCCCCUUAAUAAUCCUCAGUGCUGCCUUCUGUUGUUCGUCCAUGUGAAGAUUGACUAACUCUUGUAUUAAAGUGUUGUUGGGCUGCUAUUUCGUUAAUCUAAUUUAAAACUCAGAGAUUGUCUUUCUCUUUGGUUAGACGGCAUACUGUAGUAUUUACACCAUAAUGCUAACUCUUAGUACUUGUGGGACUAAAACUCCCAGACCUUCACUAGCUAAGGUACCAGUGGUUGGGUUGUCAUAGGAAGUUUUGAUGGGUUGUUCCACAUGGAGCCUGUCAGUGUAAAUGAUCAAUAAAUGUUACUGAAAACCCCA